CCACGGUAUCGUUGCGACUUGCACUCCUACACACCAUCCUCUUCCGAGUCUGCCAGUGAGCAGCGGCGACGAAGAACAUAGGGACCUGGAGUGGACCUGUAUCCUUGCUUUUCUCUCCUUCGCCGUCCCCUCCUAGAGCUCCUCAUCGUCCUCUGACACCCCCGGUCCUACUGACGGAAGCCAGAACAUCAUUACCCCUUCACUCUCAGCGCAAGGACAGUCGCUCCAACAUUGCUACCGGUCAGGCUCCAAUUUUGUCGCAUCGCUCACAAGCACUAGCGCUCGUGAGAUCUUAUCACUUCCUCCACUCUCACCAAAGCCGGGGCCGGGUAGACUCGUGGAGUUCCCUUUAGCUCGCCUAGGAUGUCUGCCUCUGGCUCGGGGGCAGGCGGUGGGCUCAGGAGACCAGGACCGCUCAGGGGGAAGCUGAAAGCGCCAAAGAGGAUUGGCCAUGACCUCGGUCCAGAGGAAAUGUGGAAUCGCCUGGCUCAUGCCAUUGGAGAGGUUCAGAAUCACAAGGCGUCGACUCUGAGCUAUGAAGAGCAUUACCGGUAUGCCUACAAUCUGGUCUUGUCGCAUCAAGGUAAUAUGCUGUAUGAAGGAGUCAAACGCAAAAUCGAAGAGCACCUCGUCAGACAAUGCAGUGACCAUCUCGUACCCGCCUUUCCGCCGGGAGGGCUCUCGAAUCUGCCACCGGAGAUUGUCCUUCCACAGUCGGAUCACAAGCCCCAGCAAAACGGCAUCUCAGCAGCAGCGUCCUCGAGCAAAGACAAAGGCAAGGCGCCAGCCAGCAGCGGGUCAGCAUCCAUUGAUGAGAGUAGCAUGACCGGCCUUGAAGGCGGCUCGAACGGUGUGGCCGGAGUAGGAGACACAACAGAUGCUGCCGUGCGGAACCAAUACACAGAGAGGCUGCUCAAAGCCAUGAAGCAGGUCUGGGACGCCCACUGUGCUUCGAUGUCUUCUCUAAGAGCAGUGCUGACAUACGUAGAUCGAGUCUACGUUGCUCAACAGGCUGUCUUGUCUAUCUGGGACCUCGGACUUGAGCUCUUCCGAGAUACAGUUAUUCAGUCGCAAAAGUUUCCGAUCUCAAACCAUCUCUAUGCCGCUCUACUCACGCAGAUUCAGCUUGAGAGAAAGGGGCAGGUCAUCAACAGAUCAGUGGUCAAGGCAAACAUUGAUAUGCUCGUCUCCCUCACUCAUGCUCAGCCAGGCAGGGCGAGCACAUCUCUAGCUUCAAGACCAACUGUGUACAAGCACACGUUCGAGCCCGCAUUUCUGCGCACCUCGUCCCUGUUCUAUAAGCUAGAGGCACAGCGAAUGCUCGAGACGACUGAUGCCAAGGCCUACCUUCGGCACGUCGAGCGACGCUUUAUCGAGGAGGAAGGACGAGUUGCAGUCUUCCUGGCUCCGACCACUGAUGCGCCUCUUCGAUCUCGCAUGGAGAGCUUCCUUCUCGAAGCUCAUCUGCAGACGAUUGUGAAUAUGCCUGGUAGCGGUAUGCACUCGAUGCUGGAAGAAGGACUGACAGAAGACCUCAGGAGGCUUUACAAGCUCUUCUGGAGGGUACAACCAAACGGUCCUCUGGAGCUCAAGGCUGGACUGAAAUCUUUCAUCGCCAAGAGUGGAAAAGCGAUCAACGAGGGAGUCGGAGCAGGUACUAAUGGUGCCGGCGCUGCCGAGAACGGCGAUGGUGAGGAAGGCAAUGAGCAAGGGAAGCCAGGCGCGCAGUCUGUAACUGCUGCAACGCCCGCUGCUGCCUCCGCUCUUAAGUGGGUUGAAGACGUAUUGGCUUUCAAGGGCAAAUUCGACGAGAUCCUCGCCGUCUCCUUCGAUGAUGACAAGAGCAUAGAGACUGUCCUCAACGAAGCCUUCGAGUCGUUCAUCAACGUCAACCAACGCGCAGCCGAGUUCAUCUCGCUCUUCAUCGACGAGAAUCUCAAGAAGGGUCUGAAGGGCAAGACGGAAGAAGAGGUGGAAGAGGUACUGAACCGAACCAUUGUCGUGUUCCGCUUCCUCCACGAGAAGGACCUCUUUGAGCGUCACUACAAGGGCCAUCUGGCGAAGCGCUUGCUGCAUGGCCGGAGCGUCUCGGAUGACGCAGAAAGGGGCAUGAUGGCAAAGUUGAAGAUCGAGUGUGGACAUGGCUAUGUGCAGAAGCUGCAAGGAAUGCUCAACGAUGUCAAGGUGUCGGAAGAGACUGGAGCUGCUUUUACCGAGUACAUCAAGAAGGCGUCGAGGCCUAUGCCGUUCGAUCUGUCAGUGUCGGUACUGACGUCUACCUACUGGCCCAUUGCGGCUGUACAGCAAGCGUGCAUCAUGCCCCCCUCGAUGGUCUCUGCACGUCAAGCCUUUGAGAAAUUCUACCAGUCUCGCCACUCUGGCCGUUUGCUGAGCUGGCAUCCCAACCUAGGCUCGGCAGAUGUGCGAGUAGCCUUCAAGAAGCGCAAGCACGAGCUGAACGUGUCUACAUAUGCUUUGGUGAUUCUGCUGCUCUUCGACGAAGAGGGUCCCAACGCGAGCUCCGGCCUGUCGUAUGCAGCUAUCAAGCAGAACACGAACAUUCCCGAUGGAGAUCUGAAGCGCAACUUGCAAUCACUGGCGUGUGCAAAGUACAAGAUCUUGCUCAAGGAGCCCAAGGGCCGAGACGUGGGUGAUUCAGACACCUUUACCUUCAAUGAGGGCUUUAGCUGUCCCCUCGCCCGCAUCAAGAUUGCUACUGUUGCGGCGCGAGUGGAGAGCACCACGGAACGCAAGGAGACGAAUGAGAAGAUCGAAGAGGAGCGCAAGAAUCAAAUCGAGGCUUGCAUCGUGAGGGUAAUGAAGGACCGCAAGCGUCUGAACCACAAUGAAUUGGUCAACGAGGUGAUCAAGCAGCUGCUGGGCAGAUUUGGUCCCAAUCCGCUCGUGGUCAAGAAGAGGAUCGAGAGCCUCAUCGACCGCGAGUACCUGGAGCGCGAUGGGGAGCAGAGGAACGUGUACAACUACCUGGCUUGAGGAUGGGAGGAGCGGCGAGGCAAGGUGAGGUGGGGAGGCUCUCCAGGCCACCGGUUGAGCCACCUCUGCCCGUGGCAUGAUCAUCAUAAUCAUCAUCUAUUGAACAGCAGUCUAUGACUGAGCGACUGAGUAACCAAUAGCAUACAUCACAAUCUGAUGCAUCAUCGUGGGCGUAU